AUGUCGAUUCCUCAGUCCUUCAAAGCAGCCGUGGUGCCCGAGCCAAAGGCUCAAAAUGUCAUACGCGAGCGUUCCCUGGCACCACUUGAGUCUGGAGAAGUCGGUAUCAAGGUCACAGCCACAGCCGUCAACCCGGUCGACUGGAAGAUGCGCGACCACAGUGCAUUCAUUAGCAAGUACCCUGCCAUACUCGGGUCAGAUGCAGCUGGAGUCAUUGUCGACGUCGGUCCCGAUGUCUCCGAGUUCCAGCCCGGCGAUCACGUUUUCUUCCAGGGCAUGAUCGGAAAAGAUGACUACUCGACCUAUCAACAGUACUGCAAGAUGCCCGCCAUUCUUGUCUCCAAAACUCCGGCAAAUAUUAGCGACGACCAGGCUGCGGGCAUCUGGCUCGCUACAAUGGCCGUCGUCACUGCCUUCUAUGACAAGACAGGGCAUGGGGUCUUGGCUCCCUGGGAACAGGGAGGGGCCCAGGCAGGCAAAGGCAAGGCUAUAGUUAUCAUCGGCGGCGCCUCGUCUGUAGGCCAGUAUGCAAUCCAAUUGGCGAGACUGUCAGGGUUUGAGAGGAUAGUCACGAAUGCAAGUGUCAACAACCACGAAAUGCUGAAGAAGCUUGGUGCACAUGUCGUUCUCGACCGCCUUCAUUCAAGCCCGGAGGACUUCAAGACUGCGAUUGGAGAUGUGGCAUUGGAUUUCGUAUUUGACGCUAUCUCGUCCAAGACGACACAGACCCAAGGCGUUGGCAUUCUGCAGGCGGCAAGAACCGAGGCUGGGGAGCUUGUGACAGUACACGUCGUACACCCGAAAGAGGUAGAUGCUGAUGCUGUAGCACUUGGCCAAUCGAAGCAGCCCAACGUGGCAGUCAAACAAAUCUUGGGAGCUGGUUCUGCCCCAAACUUGCGUUAUCUCAGCGAACCCUUGGCCAAGGCUCUUGGAGGCGAAGACGGCUGGGUUGCCAAAGGAUUGUUCGUGCCAAACCGACCGAGAAUUGUUCCAGGGGGACUUGGCGCGGUUGAGGAGGCUCUGAGCCUUAAUAAGAAAGGGGUUUCUGGCGAGAAGGUCGUUUUUCGCCCCUGCGAGGUGUAG